AUGGACGUUAUCCCGUCGACUACGCCCGAAGAGGCCGUGCGCAGAUCCGCAAAGAGGACUGCUGAACUUUUCGGCGCGGAUUAUCUGAUGGUCACACCCUCGACUGGAGAUGGAUCGAUUGGUGUUUCUUACAGACGGAAAGUGGAAUAUGAACAUGUGAAGGAACUCCCGCCAGCUCUAGCAGAGAAGCAAGCCAAAGCAGCCGCCGGGCGCACGAAACGUCCCAAAAUCCAAGCCCAGGCGAAGGCGCCUGUAGAUGGCAGCGGCGCCUCAAUGGCCCUGGUGAAGAAAGCUCAAGGCCCGGCUGCUGGUGGCCUUGGCAAUGAAGACCAACCCAAGAGCCUGAUACAGCGACCCUCCGCGACGCGACAACAGAGACCCGACUGGCACGCACCAUGGAAGCUGAUGAGAGUGAUCUCUGGACAUUUAGGAUGGGUGCGAAGUCUGGCGGUGGAGCCGAACAACGAGUGGUUUGCCAGUGGCGCUGGUGACCGAACGAUAAAAAUUUGGAAUCUGGCGACUGGCGCUCUGCGCCUGACUCUUACGGGUCACAUUUCUACCGUUCGCGGGCUGGCGGUGUCUCCUCGGCAUCCUUAUCUUUUCUCGUGCGGAGAGGACAAGAUGGUGAAAUGUUGGGAUCUGGAGACUAAUAAGGUUAUUCGUCAUUACCACGGUCACCUAAGUGGUGUAUAUACGCUUGCUCUACACCCUCGCCUCGACCUGCUGGUCACUGGUGGUCGAGACGGCGUUGCCCGAGUGUGGGAUAUGCGAACGAGGAGUAAUGUUCACGUUUUAUCUGGCCAUAAAGGAACUGUUGCCGAUGUUAAGUGCCAGGAAGCUGAUCCACAAAUCAUUACUGGUUCCCUGGACGCCACCGUUCGUCUCUGGGAUCUUGCAGCUGGAAAGUCAAUGGGUGUUCUAACCCACCACAAGAAGGGUGUCCGAAACCUUGCUAUCCAUCCCCGGGAAUUUACAUUCGCCAGUGCCAGCACAGGAAGCAUCAAGCAAUGGAAGUGUCCAGAGGGUGACUUCAUGCAAAACUUCGAGGGUCAUAAUGCUGUCAUUAACUCUCUCGCCGUGAACGAAGACAACGUUCUCUUCUCCGGUGGCGACAACGGUUCCAUGUCUUUCUGGGACUGGAAGACCGGAUACCGUUUCCAGUCGAUCGAUACCAUGGCCCAACCCGGUUCGCUCGAUGCCGAGGCAGGCAUCAUGGCUGCCACGUUCGACCGGACUGGUCUGCGUCUGAUCACUGGUGAGGCAGAUAAGACCAUCAAGAUCUGGAAGCCAGAUGAUGAGGCUACACCUGAGUCGCACCCUGUGACUUGGGCUCCCACUCUUGGCAGACAGAGAUAUUAG